AUGGAAAAUCACUCCAAAAUCCAAGUAAAAAUUUCGUCGCUUCGUGAAAAGUUGCAAACUGCAGCCAAAAGAGGCUCAACACCUUCAUCCCCUUUAACUCGAGCACAAACUGAAAGCUCUUCUAGGCUUCCUCACAUCUCCAGAAGAUCUGCCAGCUCGAAUGUCCUCAUCACACAAGAUGAAGAUAGCCCUUUGUCAAGAGAUGUCUCGCACAUUCAUGACAAUUUAAUGAAAAGAGCAAAUAAUUAUACUUUUAGAAAAAGCAUGCUAAUAUAUAUUAAAAUGGCAACACGUGCCGACCUGCCCUCUUGACGCAACAGUCUACCUUAUGGCCACGGCGAGAUGUGAUGGAGCCGAGAAUCAAGUGCAGGCUCAAGAGAUGUGCAUCCGGGUAGGUUUUGGCUGCUUUCCUGUAGUUGGAAAUGGAGGUGUUCAACAAUGCCCUUGAGAUUCCAGAUCCAUGGUAUUUCCUCUACUGAGAAACUGGGGGUUUCGGCCCAGGCCACAGGGAAUAGUCUUUUUCCUGUAGUUGUCGAAGGAAGGUACUUCGGGACCUAAAAGAUCCCAAGGAGUUGAUCCAUGGAAUCAAGCUACUCCAAUUGCCCGUAGCAGGGCCGCAGAAAUCCAUAAUCCACCCACUUAAGACUGAGACAGAAGGCAUUGGAAGUAACACCCAUUUUUUGGAAUUAGACCCUCUGGGCUUGAGUUGAAAAGCAAAUGAACCUACUUUAUGAGAAGUCUUUGGCGACUGCGCCACAAAUAUUGCCAAUGCCUGACUUUUAAUAACCUAAUCUAGAAAAAGCAUGCUUACUCCCCCCCCCCCUCCGUGAGUGAACAAAAAAAUUUUGUGGGAUUAAUUUUUUGUUUUUUAAAAAUUUGUAUAAAAAAGAUUUUUUUUCGAAAUUUAAAAAAAUCCUAAUUCGCAAAAAUUUGGAAAGCAAAAAUUAAUUUAAUUUAUAAAAUUUAUGUUUUAAAAAGCAAUUCGUUCAAAAUUAAACAGAAUUAGCUCUAGAUUUCAUUAUAAUAAUUAUCAUUUAUAUAUCAAAAUUUUUUUCAAUAAAAAAUUUUUGUUCACUCACGGAGGGUGGGUUUUUGGGCAAAAAAUAGGGAUUUUUCUAAUGGUUUUGUUCACUCACGGAGGGGGGGGGAGUUAAUGAAAUUUUAGGAAUCAAAGAAAAUGAGAAAGGACAUAUAACGUUACCUAUCAACUUGCUAGAAAUAGAAAAAGAAAUAUUAAAAAUAAGGGAAAAAGAAGAAAAGGAAGAAGAAAAUAAGUCAAAAACAGACAGAAACCCAAUAGAAAAUGCAGUGAAGGAAUGCGACAUUUUAUUUAAAAGCAAAUUUGAAGAUUUAAAUAUAGAGAUAGAAAAGGUUUAUGGCAGAAAAAUAUCUACAAGCUAUUCACCCAUAAGAGCAAUAAUAAGAGCUAAUUCAGAGAGGCAAUUGGCUAGGCCUGACACAGCCCUUACUUCCUCCCCGUGGCGAAUAAAACUAUUCGAAAAUCCUAACGAGAGCGCAAAAUUUUAUAUAAAAAAAUAAUAUAUUCUAAUUAAAUUUAACUGCUUAGAUUCUAAAACAUAAAUUUUUCUUUCUUUCUAGAAAGGAUUUAGGGUGCCAUCAGGCAGAAAAGAAGUCGAAAUUUUAAAUUUCUGGCUUGACUAUAUGAUCGACACACAAGUUAAUCAAGUGAGCGACAUAGAAUUUGACAAAAAAAUAAAAGUUGCUCAAUUAAUCUACUCUCGCUGCUUCAAAGAAAUCAUCAGACAAAUAAGUGUCCAUUGCAUAGAAAGAGGAGAACUAAUGGAAAAAGUAUGAAGCGGACUGCUAAAUUUAUUUUCCCAAAAUGAUAUAGAAACUACAGUUAAAAUCGAAAAAAAGCAAAAAGUCCUUGAAGAAGUGUUAACUAAACAUAAAGAAAAGCAUGAAGAACUAAUUAAAGCUGAAAGAAGCGAAAUAAAAAAGCUUCACGAAACAAUUAAAUGCAAAGAUAAAUAUAUACAAGAAAUAUCAGCAGAGGUUAACGAUUUAAAAGAUAAAAUCGAGAGCUAUAAAUCAAGGGUUAGAGAAUUAAGUGAAUCUUUAUCAAAAGCAGUAAGGAAUACUUCUUUAUUAUAUCAGCAAUUCAGAGAUAUAGAAAAUCACGUCACUAUAAAUGAAGAAGAGUUUUCAUUCUAUAGUGAAGAGGAUGAGCCAAAAGAAGAAAAACCUGAGUCAAAAAUGAUAAAAAUUGAUAAAGCCAAGCUGUAUAGGCCUAUGAUUUUAGCUGGAUAUUUUGAUUUGACUGGAAAAUUCCAUAGGAAACAACAGUUUAUUAGGGAUGAUGAUAAUGUGCUAAAAGCAGCUGAUUUUUCAUAUGAAAUCGCACAAAUGGUGGAAUUGCGCCAUAAAGGGACAUCAACUGAAGAAGAUAUUGAAGUUAUUGUCAUAAACAAUGCAACGACUCCAAGAGAUAUAAAAAACUGAAUAAGCCCUGGGAUACUAAAGUUUAUAGUCGGACUUUAUUCUUUGCAGCUAUCUGGCAAAGCAAAAUAUAAUAUGAAUAAGUUCACCCAAACUUUUGUUCUAAAAGAUAUUGCAAGGCAGUCAAAGAUUGAAAUAAAGCCGCCUUUUAAAAGAAGAGAUACCACUCAUAUCAUAGAACUGCCUGGAGAAUUUGCUUCUAUUGGCAUUCAAACAAAUGAUAUUGUAGCCAGCCCUAGAAAAGGCAGAAGCCCUGGAAAAAGAGCUAUGACAAUUAUAAGGAAAAACAAAGGAAAAAUUAAAGCUCUUUAUUCCAAAAUGGAAGAAAAAAUGAUCAAUGAGUAUCUUGGAAAAGAAGACGUAAAGAGCAAUCUAAAGAAAACUGAAUCUGUGCCUGCAUUAGAGAGCACUUCUCCUAUCUCAUUUAAACGAAAAUCCAAUUCUCCUGAUAAAAACAAAAUCAGUAAUUUGAAAAUUGCUUCUUCAACAAAAGGAAGAUCAAAUACUUUAUUUGAUAAAAAAUCAGGGGAAUCAAGCCCAGACAAACCAGAAAUCUCUUGUCCAGCUUCAAAUAAAGGGUUUUCGUCAUCAUUAAAAGUCGUAGAAGUGGCUGAUAAAGAGUCCUUUACAGCAAUAGAUGCUAAUGAAAUACUACCUAUAAAAGAUAAAGAAUCCUUUACAGCAGAAGAAGCUAAUGAAGUCCUCCCAACAAAAAUGCUUAAGAAAAUAGAAAAAUUAAAAGAAUCAGUCAAUGUUAUGCUCGUCAAAGAAAACUUCUCAUCGGCAUCAGUAGCAUGGGAUGAAGAGACCAAGGAAAACGCCCACAAGCUGCGCGUUAUGCUGGAUUCUCUGUAUCCGCUCCAAGAGUCAAAUAUUACGACAUCUAUAACUCCCGUGAAAUUAUUUCACGCUUAUGUUCAAACUGAUAUUUCUGGAGAAAACAUAUUCAUUGAUAGAGUCUUCAGCACAGCAAAAACAUCAAGGUUUGACGAGGAAAUGACGGAUGAGCCUAGCUAUAAGUGCAUGCCUUCAAAAAGUAAGACGAAAAUUUCAGAUUUUAUUAUAGAAAGUGAUCAGUCCCCAGAAAAGUCAUUUGAAUCUGUAGAAAGCCCAUACAAGUCCCCCCAAAAGGAAAAGCCGAAGCAUACUACAAUAGCAAAAGCUUUCGUUUUAGGUCAAAUCAAGCAAAGAAUUGUAGUUUCUCAUCCUGGACAAAUUUUCCUAGCUCCUUUUUUCAUUCAAGCUAAUAGAAUUAGUUAGAGAUUUCAUUAUAAUAAUUAUUAAUUAUACAAUAUUUUAUAUAUGAAAUUUUUUUCCCUGCUCUUAAAAGGGAGUAAAUAAAUUUAUGACCCAUUUGAUUAGUAAUUAUGUAAGGAGAAUAAUGAACGUCCAACAACUCAUGAAAAUCAUUAAUAAAGUUUAUAGUGAAAAAAUCUCAUUAUCAAGAGAAAGCGUCAACCAUAAAAGACAUGAGGCAAGCAUGGUGCUAUAUGAUGUCCUUAUUAAUCAAUAUGGGCUGAAAGAUGUAGCUAAAAUGAAGUUCCAGCAGACAAUUUUAGCCUCACUCAGCUUUAAGCAGUACCCAAGAGUUGCAAACUUUGUAAAGUUUUUAGGAAUUGAAGGAAACUUCAGUGUAGAUGACUGAAACUUGUACCUUUUUGCAGUUGAAUAUAUGUACUCUUGCAAUAUAGGCCCUUAUAUCUACAAUAAAGAGACUUCUCCAGUUCACUAUUGUCCUUAUGAAAGAGCCAUAAAAUGCACCUAUACCUUUUUUGAGAACAGGCUGGACAAUAACAUCUUCCAAGAGCUGAUUGAACAAGUCCGAUCCCUCAGAAUUGAAGAGCCAAUUCAGAAAUCAAGCAGACUUGUAAGGACCUCCAUCUCCUCCAUUGACAAAAUCGACACUGACCAAUUUUUAAUCCUCAUUUUAGACUAUUAUCACAAGCUCAAAGACUCAUACCUAAAAAGACUAGCCCCUCGGACUGAAAAAUACGCGCUUCUAACCCUUCUUGAGUUUCUACGCCUUUUCAGGUCGAAAGCUGAACUUAAGCUGACAGAAGAUGAACUAGUGAAAAUAUUCCACCAGCUUUCAAUCUCAAAAAUUGCUGAUGACAAACAACUGGUGCAAUAUAUCACCCUUGAUAGCUUUUUAAGCUAUGUUGUUGACAAUGAUAUAAUAAUUUUUGAUAAUUUAUAA